AUGAAAAUCAGAUAUCAACAGCUCGAGAUCAGUGAUGACCAAGCUUGUAUAUUCGCAGAUAUUGUAUUUCACGAUCUAUUACCAGAAGAGUACAUUUUGUCUUUGGAACAAGUGAUCAAUAGUCUCCGACCAUGUUCUGCAUCUUACUGGAUAUCGGAGAUCGAAAUAGACAAUCAAAUUCUAUCAUGCAAGGCUACCACUACAUAUCGUGACAUUCGAGGAUUCAAAGCCUUAGAAGAACAACAAACAGCAGAGGCAGCAUCUGAGAAUGCUGUUGUUGUUACUCAAAAUGACCCUGCAUGUAUUUCGAGUGUUGAAGAUAUCAGAAAAGUUGCAUUGUAA